AUGCAUAAUCAAAUUUAUUCAUUCAUUUUUAACAAAUUCAAGGGUGUAGCGGCAAAGCUAACGUCAGACAAUGCUGCUCAACAAAAAUAUGAUGUUUUUGUAAGCUUUAGGGGCAAGGACAUCCGCCACGGUUUUCUUAGUCAUUUGAUUGAGGCUUUUCAACGAAAGCAAAUAUAUGCCUUUGUAGAUGAUAAACUUGAGAGAGGAGAUGAAAUAUCAUCAUCACUUCUUAGAGCAAUUGAAGGCUCAUUCAUUUCGUUGGUUAUAUUCUCAAAAGACUAUGCUGCUUCUCAUUGGUGUUUGGAAGAACUUGUGAAAAUAGUUGAGUGCAGAGAGAAAUAUGGACAAAUUGUAGUGCCUGUUUUCUACAAUGUAGAACCCACGGAUGUACGGCAUCAAAAGGGGAGUUAUGAAAACGCACUUGCUCAACAUGAAAAAAAGUAUAAUUCUACUAGGGUGCAAAUCUGGACACAUGCUUUAAAUAAAUCUGCUAAUUUAUCAGGAAUUAAGUCAUCACAUUUUCGGUAA